AAGAAAUCGACCCUGAUGGAGCCGACGAGAAAGGAGAGCAAGGAGAAAGUACCGGCAAGGGCUGACCCUCAGCAAGCGUCGCCAAGGGCCAAGCCCGAGCAGGUACCGAAGCGAACGCGUAGGCUUGUCAAAGGAUCGCCGGAGUACGAAAUAGCCGAGCAGAAGACGAAGAAGUAUAAGAAGAAGAGGAGCAGGGAGCAGAGGAAGCAGGAGGAGGUCUACACAGAUAAGGAUCGGGCGGCUGCUGUCAAUAUGGGAAGUCGCGAUAUCAUUCAGUCGCUGAAGAUCAAGAGGCGGCAGGAUCGAUCGAAAGCUCUUCAGACGCCGGAAGAGGCCGAGCCUGGGGCCUUUCUGGCUCUCGCCGCUCGCGAAAUGCGAUCUGGUGACGUCAACAUCGCCAUCAACUGCAUUCACAAGGCCCUAGAAAUGAGUCCGAACGAUAAGAACGCCCUCUUAGCGAGGAGCAAGUGUUACCUCCUCCUGGGAGAGCCGCAGAAGGCCCUGGAGGACGCUGAGGCGGCGUUGAACGAAAAAGUCAAAGACCCUGGGAACGCACGGGCCAUGUACUACAAAGCCGAGGCACUUUAUCACCUAGGAGACUUUGAAUUGAGCCUCGUUUAUUACUACCGCGGUAUGAGGAUUAGACCGGAGUUUGAUCAAUUUCGUCUGGGUGUGCAAAAGGCCAAGGAGGCCAUUCAAAACAUCCUAGGAGACAACAGUGUGCCCAUUAAAAUCGAUCCCGCUGCGAGGGUGGAGGAGAUUAAUAAAACUGAGGCUGCGAAAAUUCCCGCCAACUUGGAGAUCCCCGAAGACCCGGCGCCGACGGCUGCGAAGGAGCCGGAGAGAUCGACGAGUGCUGAUAAACCGAUGAGUGAGUCCUCGGGGGAUAAAAGGAGACUGUCGUCGCAGAGCAAACGGAAGAAUAAUUGCCCUAAUUUACUGGGACAGCUCAAUGUGGACAAAAAGUAUCUUCAGGACUUAUUGAAAUGUCCAGGUAAUUUAAUUAUUCAUAAACGUCGAAAGUUCGUCUCAACCCACUUCCACCGGGAAUGCACCCGCGAAGCCGAAUACGGUUGCGUGAUGGGUGUCUCCGGGCCGGUGGUGACAGCUGGCAAAAUGUCAGGUGCAGCGAUGUACGAGAUAGUUAGAAUAGGUCACAACAAGCUCGUCGGUGAGAUAAUCCGCUUGGAAAACGACACCGCGACGAUCCAAGUCUACGAAGACACGAGCGGCGUAACCGUCGGCGAGCCGGUCCUCAAGACAGGUUCCCCUCUAUCAGUGGAGUUGGGUCCCGGGAUCCUCGGGGGUAUAUUCGACGGCAUCCAAAGACCCCUGCAGACCAUAGCAGAAGUAUCAGGCAAGAUAUUCAUCCCGAAGGACAUCCACUUGCCCCCCAUCAACAGAGGAUCCCUCUGGGACUUUCAGCCCUUCAACCUCCGGGUAGGAUCCCCAGUGACUGGUGGCGACAUCUACGGAGUCGUCUUCGAGAAUACUUUAGUCAAGCACUACAUGAUGAUCCCCCCGAAGUGCCAGGGACAGGUCACCUACCUCGCCCCUCCAGGAAGCUACAACGUUGACGACACUAUUCUCGAGAUGGAGUUCGAAGACGAAUGCACGGAGUACUGUAUGCUCCAGAUCUGGCCCGUCAGAACCCCUCGUCCCACCUGCGAGAAGCUCCCAGCCUCCCACCCCCUCCUGACUGGUCAGCGAAUCCUCGACUCUCUCUUCCCUUGCGUCCAGGGUGGAACCACAGCCAUCCCCGGUGCUUUCGGCUGUGGGAAGACAGUCAUCUCUCAAUCCUUAUCGAAAUACUCCAACUCCGAUGUGAUCGUCUACGUCGGCUGCGGCGAACGGGGGAACGAGAUGUCCGAGGUCCUCAGAGACUUCCCAGAAUUGUCUGUCGAGGUUGACGGCUCCACCGAAUCCAUCAUGAAGCGGACGACCCUCGUCGCCAACACAUCGAACAUGCCUGUCGCUGCUAGAGAAGCUUCCAUCUACACUGGCAUCACGAUUGCCGAGUACUUCAGGGACAUGGGGUACAACGUCUCGAUGAUGGCGGACUCGACGUCCAGGUGGGCAGAGGCUCUCCGGGAGAUCAGCGGACGGCUCGGAGAGCUCCCAGCGGACUCCGGGUAUCCGGCUUAUCUGCGGGCGAGGCUGGCUAGCUUCUACGAGAGGGCUGGCAAGACUCUCUGUCUUGGGAGUCCUAGGCGGGAGGGAUCCGUCAGCAUCUUGGGGGCGGUGUCACCUCCAGGAGGCGACUUCUCCGAUCCCGUGACAAGUGCUACUCUGGGAAUCACUCAGGUCUUCUGGGCGCUUGACAAGAGACUAGCGCAACGGAAGCACUUCCCGGCUGUCAACUGGCUGAUGAGCUACAGCAAAUAUCUGAAGACUCUGGACGAUUUCUAUGACGAACAUUUUCCGGGAUUUGGCGAUCUCAGGAAGAGGACGAAGGAGGUCCUGCAGGAGGAGGAGGAGCUCAAUGAGAUCGUCCAGCUCGUGGGGAAGGGGUCGUUGUCGGAGACUGAUAAGGUCGUGCUGGAGGUUUCUAAGAUGCUUAAGGAUGACUUCCUUCAGCAGAAUAGCUACUCCGCUUAUGAUAGGUUCAGCCCGUUUUAUAAGACCUUCGGGAUGCUGAAGAAUAUCAUGAAGUUUUAUGAUUGCUCGAUGGAAGCGGUGAAGAGCGCGGACAGGACGGGGCAGAGGAUCACUUGGGAGGGGGUCAAGGACAUUAUGGGACCGAUCAUUUAUAGACUGAGUUAUAUGAAGUUCAUGGAUCCGAUCAAGGAUGGGGAGGAGAAGAUCAAUAAAGCUUUUGGGAGGAUCUAUGAGGAUAUGGCUCAGGCUUUUGAGAUGCUUCAUCACUAG